CUUCCCCUAUCACUUCAUCCAUCUCCUUCCUUUCCUUUCCUUUCCUUUCCUCCCACCUUACCUAUCUCUUUCCCACUCAAACCUCCUUCACCUUCACCUUCACACACUCAGACUCAAUCUCCCUUUUUUUCUGACCAUCAUGAGAUGAGGAGAAUCUUCACCAUCGGAACUCCCGCUUCUAACUAGUUAAUCAUCAAACCUAAACCAAACUCAUCUCCCCCCUCUCAUGGAGCCGUACGGCAAUUCCGGUGGCGUCAGCAGCAGCGCCAGCUCCUCUUCCUCCUCCUCCAUAACCAAGCCGCAUGAGAUAGACGGGUAUUUGGCCGAGGCCGGGUACAAGGUCCGCUCCUCCGACCUACGACACGUCGCUCAGCGCCUCGAGCGCUUGGAAAACGUCAUGGUCAACUCCCCCAACGACCUCGCCCACUUCGCCUCCGACGCCGUCAUCUACAACCCCUCCGACCUCGCCUCCUGGGUCGACUCCCUCCUCUCCGCCUCCGACCUCUCCAUCUCCGAUCUCGACUUCCCUGGCGUCAUCAUCAACAAUCAUCCCACCGCCGACACGUGGACCGAAAUUCCACCGAUCUCCGCCGCCGCCUCCGCGCCGCCGCAGAACCACCACCAGGUAACCGCCGUGAUGGAGGAAGACUCCGGGAUAAGGCUGGUGCAGCUGCUCGUCACGUGCGCCGAGUCCGUCCAGCGCGGCGAUCUCGCAUUGGCCGGCUCGAUUAUCGAGACCAUGCAGGCGCUGCUCACACGUGUCAACACGGGUUGCGGCAUCGGAAAGGUCGCCGGCUACUUCAUCGACGCCCUCAGCCGCCGCGUCUUCACCCCGCAGAGCGUCGGCUCCGACGGCGGCUCGGCUCACGAGAACGAGCUUCUCUACCACUACUUCUACGAAGCCUGCCCCUACCUCAAAUUCGCGCAUUUCACGGCGAACCAGGCGAUCUUGGAGGCCUUCCACGGCCACGAUUGCGUCCACGUCAUCGACUUCAACCUAAUGCACGGACUCCAAUGGCCGGCGCUGAUUCAGGCUCUGGCUUUACGGCCCGGUGGGCCCCCCUUGCUUCGGCUGACGGGCAUUGGACCACCGUCACCUGACGGCCGUGACUCGCUAAGAGAAAUCGGGCUCCGGCUCGCGGAGCUGGCUCGCUCCGUUAACGUCCGUUUCGCUUUCCGCGGGGUGGCGGCUUCACGGCUCGAGGACGUUAAGCCGUGGAUGCUUCAGGUCAGUCCAAAGGAAGCCGUAGCUGUAAACUCGAUCAUGCAGCUCCAUAGACUUCUCGGAUCCGAUUCGAACCGGAAUUCUCCGAUUGAAAUGAUGUUGGGAUGGAUCCGAAAUCUUAACCCGAAGAUUGUCACCGUCGUGGAGCAAGAAGCGGACCACAACAAGGCAGGGUUCUUGGAGCGGUUCACGGAGGCUCUUUACUACUACUCCAAUAUGUUCGACUCGCUCGAAGCUUGCGGCGCCAUGCAGCCGGACAAGACCCUAGCGGAGAUGUACAUACAAAGAGAGAUAUGUAACGUGGUAUGCUGCGAGGGACUGGCUCGCGUCGAGAGACACGAGCCACUCUCCAAGUGGAGAACCCGGCUAGAACUAGCCGGAUUCAGCCCGCUCCACUUGGGGUCGAAUGCGUUCAAGCAGGCGAGUAUGCUGCUGACGCUGUUCUCGGCGGAAGGUUAUCGUGUGGAAGAGAAGGAAGGGUGUCUUACACUCGGCUGGCAUAGCCGACCUCUGAUUGCGGCUUCGGCUUGGCAGGUUAUGCCUUUGCCUGAAGCAACCGCAACAGCGACCAACCCACUUGGGAUUGUUAAUCAUAGUGCCAAUCAUGUCUAAAUUUUUACUCUCUUUUUGAAAUUUUUACUACUA